UGAUAAUUCAGUGUCUAAACUCACUAUUCUGCACACAUCCUGUUUCCAUUUAUUUCCUCCCUCCGCUGGAAACAUACUUUAUGAACCUCCAGCUCAGCCUUCAGUGGUCACAUGACAGAGAUUUAGACUAGCACAGUUCAACACCUACAACUCUGUGUGCAUUCUUCACAGACAGCAACAUCACAAGGACACAGCCGUGUUAAACAUCCCAGCGGUGCAGCGGUUGUGUAACCUCACUAAGACUGACUGUAUAUCUACAUUCACUCAGCCAGGUUGUGUUCAUCUUUAUUGCUUGCUCUACCUCAGUCCCGCCUUCGUCAUGUCGCUGCUGACCCACGUGCUGGCGUGCCUUUUCGGCAUGGGCUCCUGGGUGGCCAUCAACGGGAUGUGGGUGGAGCUUCCUCUGGUUGUCCAAGAGAAGGCCCCUGAGGGCUGGCUACUGCCCUCCUACCUCACCAUCCUCAUCCAGAUGGCAAAUGUAGGUCCUCUCUUCAUCACUCUGAUGCACCGCUUCCGGCCAGGUGCGCUGGACGAGCGGCCCGUCAUCUACUCCAUCGUGGGUUUGGGGAUUGUGGCCACCUUCCUGCUCGCAUUCUUCUGGAGGCACACGGUGAUGAUAGCUGGCUCCCUGCGCAGCGUACCCCUGCUGGUUUUGAGCUUCCUGCUCUCUGUGGUGGACUGCACGUCGUCCGUCACCUUCCUGCCUUUCAUGAUGCGUCUGCGUCCGGAGUAUCUCACUACGUACUUUGCAGGCGAGGGCCUCAGCGGUCUUGUGCCCGCUGUGGUGGCAUUGAUUCAGGGUGUUGGGGUAGCUCACUGCGAAAAUGCCACUUCGGCCGCAAACUCGUCGGCUCUCAACUCCAGCUGGGUGAGUGGCGCUGGGCUGCAGUCCGUCUACCAGCCGGCUAAAUUCUCCGUCGAGGUUUUCUUCAUUUUUCUCAGCACCAUGAUGGCUGUGUGUCUGGUAGCCUUCAUCCUGCUCAACCUCCACCCGGCGGUGGCUCGCGAGAGGAAGAGCGACCGAUACUUUAGUCCAGAUCUGGAAACGGAGAAGAGGGAUCCAGGCUUCUCUCUGAAUGCCCAAACACCAGAGCAAAAGCCAAUGAUCAGCCCUAGAGAGGCCGCUGGGAAAGAAUCAAGAGGUUCGUUUGGAAAGGGGACAUACAGCAACUUGGAAGUGGUGUUCAUCUUUGUUGUCCUUGCAUGGGUCAACGCUCUGACCAAUGCGGUUUUGCCCUCCGUGCAGACAUACUCCUGUCUGCCUUACGGGAACAAAGCCUACCAUCUGGCUGCCACUAUGGGCGCUGUUGCUAACCCAGUAGCCUGCUUCAUUGCCAUGUUUGCACCAGUGAGGUCUCUUAUCUUUAUGGGGUUUCUGACCGUUUUUGGGACUGGUUUUGGAGCCUACAUCAUGGCCAUGGCAGCUUUGAGUCCCUGUCCUCUAUUGGUCCACUACACCUCUGGAACCGUUGUCAUUGUGCUGGCCUGGAUCCUGUUCGUCCUCUCCCUCUCUUACGUGAAGGUCAUCAUUGGGGUCAUACUGAGAGACGAGGGGCACAGCGCCCUCGUGUGGUGCGGUGCCGUAGUUCAGCUGGGCUCCAUGCUCGGCGCCGUGUCCAUGUUUCCGCAAGUCAGUGUCUACGGACUUUUCACUUCCGGCGAUCCCUGCAACACUAAGUGUCCGUUGUAGACGAUAAACACGUUUGCGUUAAACACUGCUGUACGACCUUUGGGGUAGAUUGCACUUAAUUUUGUAGCACGGAGCUCAGUUCACUCAUGAAUUUUGACAUAUUCCAACUAGCUUUGGGAGAGCUGAGAGGUUGCAGGUGACCUUUCCCACUCCUCUUUUUUAUGUCUGUCGAUUUAUUUCUAUUUAUUGAAGUAUGGAGUGAGCGUUACAAACUGCUCAAGUUACAGCCACGUGGUCAGUGCUCAUCAGACCAAAGAAGACCAAAUCGCAGAGUAUUUUUUUUAAACAUGUUUGCAAUUCCUCAUCAAUAGAAAGAUCAUUUUACUUGAACUUUUAGUGUGAUGUGAAAGUGUUGUCACUGCUUCUGUAAGGACAUAUGAAACUUUUGCUUUAAAAUGUGCCUUAAUGCUAGGUGAUAAAAGAUUCAAGCUCGUUAUUUUGUGUAAAAAGUACAAAGUUGUUUGACUAAACCGAUUUUAUGUUACUGGGAUGUAGAUGAUGUUUGACUUUAUAAAGUAAAAUCUGUUGACAUAUUACC